AAGCAUAAGAAGAAGCAGGCCGUGGAAAAGCCACAUGUCACAUAACGUUUUUAACUUUUCGGCCAAAAACUUUCAACAAUUCUAAAUAAAAGCUGAAAAUUACAAAACGGAAUUUUUGUGUUUAUCCAAGGAAAUGGAUAGUUCAUCGAUGGAUGACCUGGAAGAUGACCUCGACUACUCGCGUAGCAGCGUCGAAUCGGGGUCGUCGGACAUCACCAUCCGAGCUAGGAUGGAGAAUACGAUCCAACACAUCCAACUGGCCAGGCGUCUGGCGGACGAAAUGAGUAAUGGGCGCAGAUCCAUCGAUCCGUUCCGCUCGCCGGAGUCACUUUACCAGGACGAGGUGACAAUGAAGCUGAAUCAUUUAAUGAACUCCAGACUGGCCAGGGACGAUCUGCCGGAGGACACGCCGUUGCCGGUGUAUUUGUCGUACCGGGAGCCGCGCGGCGUCAGUCCACCAAGUCAUUGGGAUUCGCCAGAUCCCCACAAGAGGUGCCGCCACUAGAAAAUCGACAAAAGCACACAGGCAGCCACAAAGAAAGAAGAACCUGGCAUGCCUUCAACAGACUUCUCUUUACACAAGUCCAUAGAAUAAGUAUACAUAGCUAGUAACCCAGUGCCAGGAGACGGGCUUUGUGCCGUUUGUGCUUUUGCAUUUCGGAGCCAGUGAGCCCUGGCAGCCUUAACCCGCAUCCUGUCGAGGCUGUCAGUAAUGACCCACUUGUGCUCCUCACUUGUUUAUUGCAUUCAAAUGCCCACUCAUCAAAAUCAAAAGUCAAAUUGUCUGUCCGAGCCAAGGAGGCAGUCAUAAGCAGAGGUAUUUGGCCAAAAGAGAGAGCUGCCAGUUUGGCCAUUUUGCAGUUCCUGGGCCUUUAUUUCAAGGUCAACCUUUGACUUGGCUUCUAGUAUUUCAUCUAAGAUCUCACAAAAUGUACACUUGACAUC